CUCAAUAACCAAACAUUUUACUUUACAACAUCAUCAAAGAUAAGUCCAACUUAAUUAAUAAUCGUUUUUCCAAGCCAAAUCCAACUUUAACCCUUUUGACAAGAAAACCCUUUGUUCCUACAGCUACCCCUUUGACAAGAAAACCCUUGCUCCUGCAGCUACCCAUUUGACAAGAAACUCAAAAUAUAUCUCUCAACUUGCUUACCUUAAACUUAUCUGCUAAGCUCAUAGCCAAACACACCAACACCAAAACUCAAUAAUGUCAAGACUCACCAUCCAAACACUCCUUUUCUUUGCCGUCCAAAUUUCCACGGUUCUCGCCGGCGGCAUCCACGUCAUCAAUUUCCGGUCUCCGAAUCUCUUCCCGGAAGGCCUAGCGUGGGACCCAACAGGGCAGCGCUUCCUGGUAGGAUCCCUUCGCCACCGCACCAUCUCCGGAGUCUCCGACACAGGCAUUGUCAAAACUCUGAUCUCCGACCCCUUCCUGCCGGAAAAUGUCACCAUCCUCGGUCUCGCCGUGGACCCCCGCAACAACCGCGUACUGGCAGCGGUCCACGCCCUGGCCCCCCUCCCUCCCUUCAACGCCCUCGCCGCCUACGACCUCAGCUCCCGUCGCCGCCUCUUCCUCUCCCCUCUCCCCUCCGAAGGCGAGCACCAACGCGCCAUCGCGAAUGACGUCGCGGUGGACUUCGAAGGCAACGCGUACGUGACCAACGCAGCGGGAAACUACAUAUGGAAGGUGAACAAGAAAGGAGAAGCCUCGACGCUUUCAAAGUCCGCGAGGUUCACCGAACACCCAGUGCUCAUCGACGCAGAGUACAGCUUCUGCGGCCUGAACGGGGUCGUAUACAACGGAAAAGGUUACCUCCUUGUGGUGCAGACCAACACGGGGAAGAUGUUCAAGGUGGACACAGAGGACGGCGUAGCGAGAGACGUGGUACUGAACGAGGAUCUGGUGGGCGCAGACGGCGUGGCUCUGAGGAGCGACGGCGUCGUUUUGGUGGUGUCACUGAAAAGGGUGUGGUUUGUGAAGAGUGACGAUGGGUGGGGCCGGGGUGUGGUGUUUGACAGAAUUGAGCUUGACGAUGAGGGGUUUCCCACUUCCGUUGUGGUGGGACAGAGGGAGAGGGCGUACGUGCUGCAUGGGCACAUCGUGAAGGGCACUUUGGGGAAUCAGUGGGAGAGUUUUAAGAUUGAGGAGGUGAGGUCUGGGAAGGAGAAGAGAGCGAGCGAGAAUGUUUGGAUCCUCGUGAUGAUGGUGGGUUUAGGGUUUGCUUAUUUCUUGUUUUGGAGGUUUCAGAUGAAGGAACCUCUCAAGAAGAUGAACAAGAAGAUCAAGUGAACCUAUCAUUGUUUUUCUAAGUUUGCAUUUUACAGUCAACAAAUAAGGUUGUCCUUUUUCAUGUUUCCGUUGUCUAAAAUUUGUCAAAGUCAAAUGUUCGGUUUUUUUUUACAAGCUAUAGUAAUUUGAAGUUGGGAAAGGAAUUGAUGGGAUAGAGAAAAUUAUGAAGAUAGCAUAAAUACUAGUUGGAAGUAGUAUGUUAUGUAAUUGUGAGUUGGUUAUUAGAUGUUGUCUUACUUAUUGUCAUCACUUAAGAAUAAAGAUUAUUGGUACCAUACUUUUUAGUUUUA